AUGAUUUUGAACUGGGCCUUUGCAUCACCCUCUAUCUCGCGAGGUCAACCCCUCACCAUCGAAGUCACCAUCACCAACAACGGCACCGGCCCCAUCACCUUCUGGAAUGAAUUUUCUCCCCUUAGCAGCGACGCCUCUGACCUCAGCUACUCCCACUUUCAUACAGACACGCCCGGUGUUUUGUUUGGCGAGGGUUCUCGAGAUGAUGCCAGCGGCUACCGACCAGUCUUUUCCAGCUUCCUCACCGAGGUCGCACCUGGUUGGUCGGUGAGCUCAAGGAUCAAGCUGCCCAGCGAUCCGUGGCUCAGGAUGCUCAAAAUGUCCGGCACUGUCACGAUGGAGAUGUAUGGAAGCUGGUAUGGUAUCUGGGCUGGCACUAAGAAGGAGGUCAUGGCAAGCGAUGUGAACGCUGACAUGGGUUUCUGGAAUGAUAUCCAUAUUCCGUGGGACGCCAGAGUCUCUAAGGAGUCUCAGAGGCACCCCUCAAAUUCUGACACUGUCAUGAGCCUUGAUCUGGACUAG